CUCGUGCAAAGGUCUUCGGUUGUUGAGAAAAUGUUGUACGGAUGUUGCCCAAACUCUUGUUAAAAAAAUUAUCUUACUACUCUCAGUGUCGGGGAUAACUUGAGCAGGAAUUGAACUGAUGUCCCAUUCAUUAAAAGCUAUCGCAAAUUCUUGGAAAUUGCGUCGGGUUGUAACUCGCCAGCACUCGUGGUAACUCGUAGCCCAAAAACGUGACAGUUAUUCAGGGUCUGAAAUUUAAAAACGAAAAAGGCCUAACCCUGUAUACAGUGGGUAAAGAGCAAAAUACCUUUUGUGGUAUUUUAGCAUCCCAACUUACAUACCGAUUGUAAGUUUGAUGAAUGAAAGUGAUAUAACAAGAACGUUUCGUUCCAAAAGAUCUUUGGUUUAAAAAAAAGUAUGAUACCUUAACAUGCACUUAAAAUUCUGAAAAGCUGACUAGUUCGUGCCAUCUUGUAUAAUUAAAAUCUGUAUCAAGUUCCAUGCUCAAGUUAUAUUCCUAAAGAUAUAUAAUCCAUCCGAUGAGGAAGGUUGGGAACACUGGGUUAAAACUAUUGAUCUAAAUUUCAGUCAUAAUUUUUUUUAUGGAUCUUUAAAUAUCCUAAUUUGCUGUUUACGACAGGAAAAAAACUGACGCAUAUCAAAAUCUGCUUCAAAUGUGUUUUAUAUGUGAUAUUCAAUAUGAAAUAGUUGGUAAGAUACCUUUGAGAUAUUGUCUGUAAAAGAAAUGAAUUAAACUAACAGCAAAUGUUUCAAACGAUAAUCGUUAAUGGGUAUUCAAUUAAGGCUACAUCUAAUACGAUGAGGGAAAAUUAACUUAAUAUUACGACAAUACGCAGUAACUGUAAGUUUGUUAUGGUUAUAACUAUUUUACUUCAUCUUUGAAUCGUUUUUCUCUGAAGGACAUCUGGAGGUGCACUAGCAAACUUUUUUCAAAACAAAUAGAUACUGUUUUUGUUUUGCGCUACAAUUAGAACUCUACUUAUUAUGUUUCUUCAAACAAACCCUGGGCGUCUCACCCGCAUUUCCUUCAGAUUAGACAUGCCGUUAUAAACAUGUUGUGUAAUUUGAAUUUGCUAUAUAGUUUUCAACUCGCGGUCAGUGAACAGAACAACAUUUUAGAAGAGACCAAACACUUUCGAAAUAAAGCCAGUAUACCGUAUAUAUGCAUAGAUCACAAGACAACAUAAAGCAAAUACAUAUCUUAAAUUCCAUUUAAGGUCUUAAUAAUGUCUCAAAAUGUACCUAAGAAACGACCAGAGUAAGACCUUAAAUUUCUAUCUUGUUUUUCUAAAUAGUAAUAUUUCAUCCUGCAUGUUCAUGUCAAAUUUAUGAGUGAAAUAUACAGUAGUUAAACUUAAACAACUUUUAUUACCAAGAGCCAUAACAUAUUUACUUAUGAUAAACGGGAUCCAAUGAAAUGAGGGUUGUAAUGUACUCAUAAUGUGUAUGGGUUUUUUCAACCCGGUGUUACUUGUUAAGAGAAAACCUUGGACGAAAAGGGGCAGGAGGAGGCUCAGAGAAAAGCUAAACAGCUACUGGAAAAGCCAUGAAUACCGCGUGUCGACUGGAGUUCUAUCGUAUGUAAAUUGAAGACGUAUGCUUUUAAUAGUGAAAAUCAUAUAUACUGUUUAUGCCAAACAGUUGUAUUCGCAACAAACGCUCACUUCAAAUUGAAGCCAUCGUUUCCAAAGCUCUAUUUCGUUAGUUGUAUUAGAUAGCUGAUUGGGUUUUUUUUAUUUUCACCAUUAUUUUUCAUCUCAUUGUCCAUUCAUAUUUCAUAAUUUAAGAAAAAACAUAUAUGUAAAUUUACAAAAUUGAGAGGAAAUGCAGCUUGAAUUUGCUAUAAGUUAAUAUCAUGUAUGUGACUAACUUAAGGAAUAUUCAAAACGUUGGUAUGUUUUUUUGUUUGUUCGGGUUGACCAAGAUCUGGAAUAUAUUCAUCUAUCCAGAGCGAUGGUUCUAUUUCCAAAAUAAAUACAAAUUAUUGGCUUUUAUUACUUUGUAAUCAUGCAUUAUAUGCGAAUGUUGGCGAAAGACAAUGAUUUAAAAUGAUUUGCUCAAUUCUACAUAAAAACAGUUGGAAGAGUCGAAAAAGCAAAAAGUGACGACAUAUGAACCAUUACCCGGACUGGAUCUGUAGCAGGCGAGGAUCCUGUUGGUCGGUCAGGUCGGAGCUGGGAAGUCCAGCUACUUCAACACCAUCAACUCUAUCUUCCGAGGACACGUAAGUGUCCAAGUCAACGCCGGAAGUGCCGAAAAGAGCUUGACAACUUCCUACCGAAUGUAUCAAGUAAGGGACGGAUAUGCAGGUAAACCCCUCAACUUUCGCUUAUGCGAUAACCGUGGUUUAGAAGAGGAUCACGGUCUUACUCACAUAGAGGUCGGAUAUCUACUUGACGGUCACGUGCCUGAAAAACACAAGUUUACCAAGGAUAUUCCACUCGCGCCUGAUGCAAUAGGCUUCGUGAAGAAUCCAACAUUGUCUGAUAGUAUCCACUGUGUGGCGUUUGUCCUUGACGCCAGCACUGUUGACGUCUUCCCGGAGAAAGUAAUGGAGCACAUCAAAACAACGCAAGCGCAAGUGAAUCAAAGAGGGAUACCCCGGGCUGUUUUGCUGACUAAUAUUGACCGAAUUUGUGAGGAGGUCUCUGAUGACGUCAGCAAAGUGUUCUUCAGUGCAGCAGUAGAAGAAUGUGUGAACAAGGUAUCUAUGAUGAUGGGAUUACCCCAGUCACAUGUACUACCUGUCAAAAACUAUCAUCGUGAGGUACAGCUUGAUCAAAACAUCAACAUCUUGGCACUCCUUAGUCUCGAACGAAUCCUCAAUUUUGUCGACGACUUCCUCUACAACAAACUUGAUGAACGCGAGGUUGCGAAAGUCGAGCGCAUUAAGAUUAAUGAAUAAGGUUUUGCUGGAAAAAUCAGAACUCAAACUGAAACUUAAAAAGCCCGAGUUUAUGAUACUCAAUAUUUGCAACCUUAACGGUAGAUCAUUAAAUUAGUUACUUUUUUUACAAAAUAAUAGCUUAUAAGUAGCAUGAUGUAUUUUUAUUUUGAAGUUUUAAAAUUGUGAUUGAGGUCUUUCUGACUAACACUAUCUAUAACCUUGCAUUGCUUCUAAGAUGCAAAUCUUUUGCCAAUAUACAGUUGCCACAGAUGAGGCACUUCUGCAUAAUCUUCUUGGAGAAAAGCAUGUAAAACAUUAGUAUAUACAGGUGAAGUAACCCAUUACCAUAUCCUGGGGAAAAAACAUAUAACCAUAUCACAGGAAAAGCAUAUCCUAAUAAUACUAAAUAAUAUGUUAGUGAGACACGAAAAACACAAACUGUAGUAACACAGUACCAUAUAUAGUUAAUAGAAAUUAUUGAGGCUAACAUCAUAAUAUACAGGACAAAC